AUGAGUGCCAUCCAAGAGCUUUCCCAGCAGCUCACUGCACUUUCGGAAUCCCUGAAGACCACGAACACGCUCAUCAGCCGUCUUCACAAACUCAAAUUCGUGCCUGGAUCAGAACCGCUUGAUGCAGACGGUGGAGUGCGCGUGGAGUUGGCACAAGACAUCCACCACAGCUUGAAGCAGCUCGAGGAGGAACUGGAGUUUCUGAAGCAGGAAGCCGAGGAAUAUACGACAGACGGGGACCGAUACCGACGACACAGCUCCAACGACGGCGAGGAGGCACGGUUACAGGCAAAAGUUGUGAGGCUCAAAGACGAGCUCAACCACUCCCGGCAGAAGUACCGGAACGCACAGGUCGCAGCAAAGUUUGCAAGCGACGAGGCGAAAAGGAGAGAACGAGAGGCAGUACUCGAAGGCUACAGGAAGGAGGCAGAACAGCUCGCUGCCGCUGGAGAACAACCGAACGGGUCGACUGGGAACGAUCGUGAGCUGCUGUUCGCAAGCAGAGGCCGGAGAACACAGCAGCAGAAGCAGCUGACAAAGGACGAGAUAUUGGUCGACGCAUCAAAUGACCUGACUUCUGGCUUGCGACGAACUUACGACUUACUAUCCACCGAACUUUCACGAUCACGAUUCGCCCAAGAGACCUUUGACGAGUCGACAGCGGCGCUUGCACAGCUUGGCGAGGACUACACAAGUCUUGACAGUAUCCUCAGUAACAGCAGAAACCUACUCGGCACACUCCUUCGCAGCCAAAAGAGCGACACCUGGUACCUCGAGAACGCCUUCCGCAUCUUGAUCAUCACCCUUGUUUGGCUAUUCUUCCGACGAAUCCUAUACGGACCAUUCUUCAAGCUACCUCUAUUCUUGUGGAACGUCUUUGCACUCUUCACCAACUGGCUAUUCCUGAAGCCAUUGUUCUUCCUGCUGUCGGCAACUGGCAUCCUCACAACUGGACCAGCUUCCACCACCUCAAUAGCGGCGUCAAGCUCAUCUCGAGCACCACUGAUAGUCCAGCCCUCAGCGACAGGUAAACCGCACACCCGACCAUCCCACAUCAGCGCAGGUCAGCCCGUUGGUCUUGGGGGCACAGGAGCCAAGCUUCCACCGGACCCAGAGCUCGAGGGGCGCAUUUCUGAAAGCAUUGCAAAGAUGGCGCAGGAAAGCGCCAGGAACGAUCUACCAAGGCGAGGUGACGGUACGGUACUAGAGGAAAGAGGUGACGUUCCUGCGAAUCCUAAGAAGAAGAACUUUGAAGCAGAUGUUGAAGAUGCGAAACAAGCAGAGAAGGAGCCACAACGGCGAGGCGAUGGCACAAUUCUCGAGGAAAGGGAUGAACCGGCGAAUCCGAAGAAGAAGACUUUCGAAGCAGAUGUUGAGGACGGGAAGCGUGCGAAGAGGGAUGAGCUUUGA